UUGAGUAAAACAGAAUUGAAAACGUAUUUUGAUUCAUUGUAUGUAGUAAUAACAACAAGAGAUAAGAUGUUUCAGAAACAAGCCUUGCUCUUACGAUUAGUGACAAAUGUUACAAACAAUUUAACAGGAAGAAAAAUCAGUAACAAUGUAGGAUUCAUAGGAUUAGGAAAUAUGGGUGCCAAAAUGGCAUCCCAUUUAAUAAAAAAGGGACGUAAAGUCAAAGUAUAUGACGUAUCAAAAAGCGCUGCACAAUCUAUACAAGGUGCUCAAAUCUGUAAUUCCCCGAAAGAAGCGGCCGAAGACAAUUCGAUUGUCAUAACUAUGUUGCCAGAUGGGGAGAUCGUUAAAGAGGUGCUUCAAACGGAGAAUGGAAUAUUAAAAGGCAUAAAGAAAAAUUCUUUGUUCAUAGAUUGUUCUACAAUAGAACCUAAAAGUGCCCAAGAGCUUGCCAAAAUAUCGAAAAAGAAUUCUAUUCGUUUUCUUGACGCCCCAGUUUCGGGUGGUGUUACUGGAGCAGCUGCAGCAACAUUGACUUUUAUGGUUGGUGGUGAUGCUAAAGAUGUUGAAGAAGCAAAACCUUAUUUACUUCAAGCAGGCGCUAAAGUUUUUCAUUGUGGAGAUUAUGGUGCAGGGCAAGUGGCAAAAUUAUGUAAUAAUCUGAUUCUAGCUGCCACAAUGGUCGCUACAGCGGAAUCCCUAAAUAUGGGCACCAAAUUGGGUUUAGAUCCUAAAGUUUUAACAGAUAUCGUUAAUGUCUCGACGGGAAGAUCGUGGACUUCCGAAACGUACAACCCAUAUCCUGGUAUCGUUAAGAAUAUACCUCCAGCAAAUAAUUAUGAAGGUGGUUUUAUGGUAAAAUUGGUGGCUAAAGAUCUCGGAUUGGCAGAAAACGCUGCCUUACAGUGUAAUGCUCCAGUUCCUAUGACAGCUUUAUCUCAUCAACUGUAUAGAACAUUGAUAUCACAAGGAUUUGGCGAUAAAGAUUUUGCCUACAUUUAUCAAUUUCUUAAGGGGGUGAAUUAAACGUUAUGACUAUUUUUACGGAAAUAAAAAAUAAAAAAAUUUGAAGACCGUUA